CGGAGGAAGACACGCCUGCCUCCUUGGGGCUCUGCCCUUUGAUAUGGAGAAGACCGGGAGCUACUGCGGGAGUUUCGGCUCACCUGGGCGCUGGCCGGGGCAGGAGUCUCAGGAGCCAUGUUGUCAGAAGUCCUGCUGGUGUCUGCUCCAGGGAAAGUCAUCCUCCAUGGAGAACAUGCUGUGGUCCAUGGCAAGGUAGCUCUGGCGGUGGCCUUGAACUUGAGAACAUUUCUCGUGCUGCGACCACAGAGCAAUGGGAAAGUGAGCCUCAAUUUACCAAACGUCGGUAUUAAGCAGGUCUGGGAUGUGGCCACGCUUCAGCUGCUGGACACAGGCUUUCUUGAGCAAGGCGAUGUCCCGGCACCCACCUUGGAGCAACUGGAGAAGCUGAAGAAGGUGGCGGGCCUCCCCCGAGACUGUGCAGGCAACGAAGGCCUGUCUCUGCUUGCCUUUCUGUACCUGUACCUGGCUAUCUGCCGGAAACAGAGGACACUCCCGAGCCUGGACAUCAUGGUGUGGUCGGAACUGCCCCCUGGGGCAGGCUUGGGCUCCAGUGCAGCCUACUCAGUGUGUGUGGCAGCCGCCCUCCUGACUGCCUGUGAGGAGGUCACCAACCCGCUCAAGGACAGGGGCUCCAUUGGCAGUUGGCCCGAGGAGGAUCUGAAGUCAAUUAACAAGUGGGCCUACGAGGGGGAGAGAGUGAUCCACGGGAACCCCUCUGGCGUGGACAAUUCCGUCAGCACCUGGGGAGGAGCCCUGCGCUACCAGCAAGGGAAGAUGUCAUCCUUGAAGAGGCUCCCAGCUCUGCAGAUCCUGCUCACCAACACCAAGGUCCCACGAAGUACCAAGGCCCUCGUGGCUGGCGUCAGAAGCAGGCUAAUCAAGUUCCCUGAGAUCAUGGCCCCGCUCCUGACCUCAAUUGACGCAAUCUCCCUGGAGUGUGAGCGCGUGCUGGGAGAGAUGGCGGCCGCACCAGUCCCAGAACAGUACCUUGUCCUAGAAGAGCUAAUGGACAUGAACCAGCACCAUCUGAAUGCCCUUGGUGUGGGCCACGCCUCCCUGGACCAGCUCUGUCAGGUAACAGCAGCACAUGGACUGCACAGCAAGCUGACUGGCGCAGGCGGCGGCGGCUGUGGCAUCACCCUCCUGAAGCCAGGUCUAGAGCGAGCAAAAGUGGAGGCCGCCAAGCAGGCCCUGACCGGCUGCGGGUUUGACUGCUGGGAGACCAGCAUUGGAGCGCCUGGGGUCUCCAUGCACUCAGCCACCUCCAUAGAGGACCCUGUCCGACAAGCCCUGGGCCUCUGACAUGUCAUCCUGCCAGGAAGCUUCCACGUAUCUGGGGCUGGAGUUGGCCCCUGUGCUGGCCACUAACACAUUUCCUGCUGGUAGUGCCUUGUAGACUCUGAGAGGCACCACCUCCAUGGCCCAUCUGUAUCCUGGCACUGCUGAAGCCAGACAGGCAUCAGUUACCCGGUCUUCUGAGACAGCAGGCUGACACAGGAGGCCUUCCCCCUGGGGAUUCUGCCUGGGCCUGGCCUCCACCGGCCUCACACAAACUCUCCGGCUCCUAGCCACGCACCCUUCUGUCCUCAGAUAACGG